GGGACUCUUUUUGUGGGCGGGGUUAAUGAGCGGACCUAUCAGUCGCUCAGACACUCACAAGCUUGUUGUCGCUGCAGAAAUAGUUUCUGCUGCUGUCACUUAAAAAGAGAUCUCCGUUCAACAUCAUGGGGAAAAAAAGUCGUGUUAAGACUCAGAAAUUUGGGUCUGGAGCUAGCACUGUGGUUUCCCCCAAGGAGAUAAUGAACUUGGUUGCUGAACUGCUGCAGAAAUGCAGCACUGUGACACCAGCCGGUGAGAAAGAGUGGGAAGAAUACUUGCAGAUCCGAAGUUUGGUGGAGAAGAUCCGAAAAAAGCAGAAGGGCAUGUCUGUGGUGUUUGAGGGGAACAGGGAAGACUCCUUCCGAGAGCUAAUGUCUUGGGCUGAGGAGAAUGGGGCCCCGUGUGACUCUUUCACAAUUGCCAAUUUUGGACCUGAGGGCUAUGGGCUCCAAGCAACUCGCGACAUAAAGGCUGAGGAGCUUUUCCUGUGGAUCCCUCGAAAAAUGCUCAUGACAGUAGAGUCGGCAAAGGAUUCUGUUCUUGGCCCGAUGCACAGCCAAGACCGCAUCCUCCAAGCUAUGGGCAAUGUGACACUUGCUCUCCACCUGCUGUGUGAACGGAUGAACCCAUCAUCCUACUGGUUGCCAUACAUCCGGAGUCUUCCUCUGGAGUACGACACACCGCUCUACUAUCAACAGGAGGAGGUGCAGUUGUUGUUGGGCACUCAAGCUGUGCAGGAUGUCUUAAGCCAGUAUAAAAACACAGCACGACAGUAUGCCUACUUCUACAAAUUGGCACAGACUCACCCUGCAGCCAGUAAACUACCCCUGAAGGACAGCUUUACGUUUGAUGACUACAGGUGGGCCGUAUCCUCAGUUAUGACCCGUCAGAACCAGAUUCCCACGGAGGAUGGAAACCACAUUACACAGGCCCUCAUUCCACUUUGGGAUAUGUGUAACCACACAAAUGGACUGAUCACCACUGGCUACAACCUGGAGGAUGAUCGAUGCGAAUGUGUUGCAUUGCAGGACUACAAGGCAAAAGAACAGAUCUACAUCUUCUACGGAACAAGAUCCAAUGCAGAGUUCGUCAUUCACAAUGGCUUCUUCUUUCAAGACAACAGUCACGAUCGCGUCAAGAUCAAGCUGGGCGUCAGCAAGAGUGAAAGGCUUUAUGCCAUGAAGGCAGAAGUUCUUGCCCGAGCCAGCAUUCCUGCAUCUUGUAUCUUUGCAUUACACUGCAAUGAACCACUUAUUUCAGCACGGCUUCUUGCCUUCCUUAGAGUCUUCUGCAUGACAGAGGAGGAACUGAAAGACUGCCUGCUGGGAAAUGGUGCCAUUAAAAAGAUAUUCACUCUGUGCAACAGUGACUAUCCAGUGAGCUGGGAAAAUGAGAUUAAGGUUUGGACCUUCCUCGAGACUCGGGCUGCUCUGCUGCUCAAGACUUACAAGACCACAUCUGAGGAGGACCGAUCACUGCUUAAGAAACCAGACCUGUCUCCUAACUCUCGUGUAGCAAUCCAGCUUCGUCUGGCUGAGAAGCAGGUCCUGCAGAAGGCGUCAGCAUUUGGAAGAACUAAACGUUUGUACUUUGAACAAAAGCUUGCCGAGCUAGCCCCCCUGCCAGUGUAUGAGGGUAGUGACAUUGCCUUGCUAGAGAACAAUGAUGGGGACUCGAAGCUUCCCAUUGUCUUGCACAAGCUGGAGGAGGUGGAGGAAGGCCUGGAGAUUCGGGGUGAGGAGCGUAGCCUCUUCCCGCAUGGAGAGGACGCCCAGCAUGAGCUGAAUUUGGAGGGGAACCAUGUGCAAAUGCAAGGCAAACUUGCCAAUGGUAGCAAUAACAGUGCUUUGGACUUGAAUAAAAGUUCAGCUGCUACUCAGAAAGACAAUGCCAGUUGAACUUAAUGCAAUCCACAGCAAAUUACACUCCAUGUUAUUGAGACAGCUCCUAUUAUUUAUUUGUUUUUGUGCCAUGGGAGUCAAAUGUUCGGAUAAAAGUUACUGAAUUUUUAUCACCAUUUAUCCCUCCUGUCUGGCCUGUAUGGGUUGUUGCUAUGUGAAGUUAGUCCAUCUGUGCAGAAACAUCAGCUGACCAUCUGCGAGUGUCCACUGUUACAGCAGGAACAUUGGAGUGCAGCCUGUAGGAAAAUGCCAUGUGAGUGAUGUUACUCUCUGAAAGCCAAAAAAAUGUUACCGGGUGAUAAACUGUAGUUGCGUGUGUGUGUGGGUGUGCGUAUGUUUGUUUUAUGGUUGACAAUCAAAAUCGAUUACCUGCUUUCGUUGUGCAAAAUGAAACAAAAGUGCUCUAAUUCACAGCAGAUUAAUGGUCUUUUAUAAGGACGGUAAACAGGUCAUUAAAAGUAUUUUCACUGCUUAUGUCUUCCAUUC